AUUUUUUUUUUUUUUUUUUAAUUUAAGAUGUCAUGGACAAUAUUACCAGGCAGAACCAAUUCUAUGAGACGCCGGUCAUCAAGCAAGAAAACGAGUCAGGGUAUGACAGGAGACCAUUAGACAUGGAGCCGCAGCAGCCGGCCUAUCGCCCAGUAGAACUGAAGACAGAAAUGAAGCAGGAAGCACCACCCAGCUUCCUCCCUCCUGAAGCCUCACAGCUCAAGCCAGAUAGACAACAAUUCCAGAGUCGAAAAAGGCCAUUUGAAGAGAAUCGGGGCCGUGGGUACUUCGAGCACCGGGAGGACCGAAGGGGCCGUUCUCCUCAGCCUCCUGCUGAAGAGGAUGAAGAUGACUUUGAUGACACCCUUGUUGCCAUUGACACCUAUAACUGCGACCUGCACUUCAAAGUGGCCCGGGACCGGAGUAGUGGCUAUCCGCUGACGAUCGAGGGCUUUGCAUACCUGUGGUCAGGAGCCCGAGCCAGCUAUGGAGUCAGAAGGGGGCGUGUGUGUUUUGAAAUGAAGAUCAAUGAGGAAAUCUCCGUGAAGCACCUUCCAUCUACAGAGCCCGACCCCCACGUUGUCCGUAUUGGCUGGUCCUUGGACUCUUGCAGCACUCAGCUAGGUGAAGAGCCUGUUUCCUAUGGUUAUGGAGGCACAGGGAAGAAGUCUACCAAUAGCCGCUUUGAAAACUACGGAGACAAAUUUGCAGAGAACGAUGUGAUUGGCUGCUUUGCGGACUUUGAAUGUGGAAAUGAUGUGGAGCUUUCUUUUACUAAGAAUGGCAAGUGGAUGGGCAUUGCCUUCCGAAUCCAGAAAGAAGCCUUAGGGGGUCAGGCCCUCUACCCUCAUGUCCUGGUGAAGAACUGUGCUGUGGAAUUUAACUUUGGGCAGAGGGCAGAGCCCUACUGCUCUAUUCUCCCAGGGUUCACAUUCAUCCAGCACCUUCCCCUCAGUGAGCGGAUCCGGGGCACCAUUGGACCAAAGAGCAAAGCAGAGUGUGAGAUUCUGAUGAUGGUGGGCCUGCCUGCUGCCGGCAAGACCACAUGGGCCAUCAAGCACGCAGCCUCCAACCCUUCUAAGAAGUACAACAUUCUGGGUACCAAUGCCAUCAUGGAUAAGAUGCGGGUGAUGGGCCUGCGUCGACAGCGGAACUAUGCUGGCCGCUGGGAUGUCCUGAUCCAGCAGGCCACUCAGUGCCUCAACCGCCUCAUUCAGAUUGCUGCCCGAAAGAAACGCAACUACAUCCUAGAUCAGACGAACGUUUAUGGGUCAGCCCAGAGACGGAAAAUGAGACCAUUUGAAGGCUUCCAGCGGAAAGCUAUUGUAAUCUGUCCAACUGAUGAGGACCUAAAAGACCGCACAAUAAAGAGAACUGACGAAGAAGGGAAAGAUGUCCCGGAUUAUGCGGUCUUAGAAAUGAAAGUCGGAAUCCCCCAGGGGCCAGCAGCUACAACAAAAACAGCAACAUCCCUGGCUCCAGCGCCAAUACCAGCACCCCCACAGUGAGCAGCUACAGCCCUCCACAG